ACGCGAAAAAAUCAGACAAGUGUAAAUAGCUGCAGUGCAGUUUUGUAUUGUGUUUUUGAUUGUUUUAUUUAGAAUAAUAACUUAUUAGUAUAUUAAUUAUGGCUCGUAUGAGCGUAUGUUAUUCCAGUCGUUCCAUAAUAAGCCACCGGGGUCUGAACUACAUGAACGACGCCGAGGAACUAUCGGACGCUGAACUGAUAAAAGCCGUGAACGAUCUAAAACAACAGAUCAAAAUAACCAAUUUGGAGAACGACAUUCUUGAGAGGACUAUCAUGAGGUUAGAGCCAUCCCUGAUGAGCAACAUCCAACAGGCCAUCGACUAUGCCAGCAAGCUGGCUAGCUCACCCUCCUUAGGGGGCAGCUUCAUGAGGUCCCAGACCUCCAAGUUUGACUUCAGCCCGUCCAAGAUCCUUUCCAGCCCUUCCAGGGCUUCAACCAGAAGAGUCGAAUCAUCAGCCAAAAUAGGAGGGACGACAGUAUUCGGAACAGGAACCAGGAUCAACGUAAUGGCUCGAUCGGAGCUAAUUAGCACUGAAAUGGAGAUAUUGAUGCAGAAGCUAUCCAAUGCUAGGAAAAAGGCUGCAAAACAACACGCAAUGCUAAAAGCUCAGUUAGAAGAAAUUGAACUGAGAGUAGUAGACAUCGAGAAAGCGAGUGCAGCGUUCAACCAAGAAGUCAUCGUGGACGGAUGGGACAAGCUAGCACAGCGAAUCCCCGCUGAGAUCUGGAUAAGGUACAUGACAGAGUGGAUGAAGAUAUGCGACAGCCAGAUCGGCAAGCUUCGCCUCCGAACCAGCACCUUCAACACACAGUACGCCAAGUUCAAAGGGCAGAUCAAAGUCAAAGCUGAACUGAACGAUAUGCUACGGCCGGUGGAUUUUGAUAAGAUUAAAAUUGAAAAUCAGGAAGCAUUAGCGACUAUAGAGCAGAAAACUAAACAGCUAGAGGAAUUGAAAAAGAUGACAGGAGACGCGAAUCUCAACCUGACGGUGCACAAAAAGGCGAUGUGGGAGCAAAACUCGUAUUUGGCCAAGAUAAUAGACACUAUCAAAACGAAAGAGCGGCAGACGAUAGCUAUUGAUAAAGAGAGAGGGGUUAUACAAGUGGAGGCUGAUGCUUUGGCUUCCAGAUUGACGGAGGUGAAAAAAGUUCGAAACGCGUAUGAAGUUCCCGAUAUUAUGGAAUAUGUGGCCGUGAAGGCGGCGCUGGGAGACCUGCAAAAGGGGGCCAAGCUGCUGGAGAACCGGCUGCGGGUCCAGCACAUCGCGCUCACUUCGCUCCAGAGCAAACUACGGAUCAUGAAGGCUUAGUAUUCAUUUGAAGAUUUGUAUAUUAAAAUCGAUUAAACCCUUUA